UGAGUGUAAGCUCUGUGCUUCUCACGAUUACCGGUUUCGUCGUCGGUCUGGGUCUUGAACCUGGCUUCGCAGAAUCUCGGCAGGAUCUUCUGGGUCCACUCAAGGAGAAGAACCCGGAGUUGAGGAAGCAUCACCUCUUGCACGCCAUGACCGCCUCGAACCUCGUCGUAGCGUUCGCCAUCGCCCUCAAGCACAAGCUCCGCUUCCAGCCGUACGCCGGCUACGACGACAUCAGCCAGCUCGUCGCCCACCUCCACACCUUUGCCGGCCAGGCCAGCAGGGAGGACCCUUCCAAGUCCGUCAUCCCCAAGAAGACGUGGUUCAAGGAGGUGGGAGAGUACCUCGGCCUCUCGUUCGCCGCGAGCAACCCCCGCAAGACCUUGAAGAAGGCGGACGCGCCCUUUGGCAACCUGCCGCUCGAGAUUCUCAACUACCUUGGCGCCUACAUGGACAAGCUGAUUGCCGACGGAAAGCUCACCGUCUCUAUCCAGCAGACCAUUGCCUUUAACAACUUGGCCUCCCUCAACGACGCCUUGACGGGAACCGAGCGCGUUCUCUCCACCCCUCUCCCCAUCGCCUACACCAUCGCCUUCAGCCAAAUCACCUGGGUCUACGUCAUGCUCCUCCCCUUCCAGCUCUUCGCGACCCUCGACUGGAUCACCAUCCCCGCCACCCUCGCCGCCUCCUACAUCAUCCUCGGCCUACUCUUCAUCGGUCGCGAGAUCGAGAACCCCUUUGGCGAGGAUUCCCUCGAGCUCGAGAACCUGCUCUCCCACGUCGAAGGGCCCGAUAACCUGGUCCUGUUCCCCUCGAGCUCCGCCCCCUUUAGCACCUGGAUGCAGAGGAGCGAGGAACAUGUCCGGCAGACGAUCAAGAGCCGACCGUCGUCUGGUUUUGAUUCUACCUUGCAUCAUCGCGCGAGGCGGGGUAAGGAGGCUAAGUCGAGCGAGGAAAUUGUGUAA